ACCAUCUUAUGAUGCCACAAAGAACUAUCUCCCCAAAAUGGCAGUAGGGCUGAGGUUGAGAAAUGCCUACAAGGAAGUUGGUGUGGCAGGCUACAGAGAUUUAGACAUAACUUGCCCCAGCUGUGGUGUAGAAAUAAGAGGAACUUGGUGCUCAUGCAAACCUCCUGUCUGAGCUUAUGUGGUCAUGCUCCUCCCCCAGCCCCCGACCUUGUCUUUGUUCUUGGGAACUCCAGGGCUGCCAGCCUGGAGUCUCUGUGACGGUAGGUUCCUACAGUACAUCUCUUCCCUUCGGAAGACUCCAGACCUCGAACCACUCCAUGCCACCAAGAAAGUCGGUGCUCUUGGGUCCAUCUCAGGCUGCUUUCGAGGCCUCUCAUGCUCUGCUCUCUUCAACCAGACCUCUCUGCUUCAUUCUGGAAGAAGACUAAUUAUGGUGUUUCCACUGUGGACGUUGAAGAGACAACUUCUUAUCCUUUUUAACGUGAUUCUAAUUUCUGAAUUCCCUGGGGCUAUAUGGUUUCCUAAAACUCUGCCCUGUGAUGUCACUCUGGAUGCUCUGAAUGCCCAUGUGAUCGUGGACUGCACAGACAAACAUUUGACAGAAAUUCCUGGAGAUAUUCCCACCAACGCCACCAACCUCACCCUCACCAUUAACCACAUAGCAGACAUCUCUCCAGCCUCCUUCCACCGGCUGGACCAUCUGGUAGAGAUCGAUUUCAGAUGCAACUGUAUACCUGUUCGGCUGGGCCCAAAAGACAACGUGUGCACCAAAAGGCUGCAGAUUAAGCCCAGCAGCUUUAGUAGACUUUCUUAUUUAAGAGCUCUUUACCUAGAUGGAAAUCAGCUUCUAGAAAUACCUCGGGAUCUUCCUCCCAGCUUACAACUGCUGAGCCUUGAGGCCAACAGCAUCUUUUCGAUCACAAAAGAGAAUCUAACAGAACUGGCCAACUUAGAAAUACUCUACCUGGGCCAAAACUGUUAUUAUCGCAAUCCUUGCAAUGUUUCAUUUUUUAUUGAAAAAGAUGCUUUCUUAAAUCUGAGAAAUUUAAAAUUGCUCUCCCUAAAAGAUAACAAUAUCUCAGCCGUCCCCACUAUUUUGCCGUCUACGUUAACAGAGCUCGAUCUUUAUAACAACAUCAUUGCAGAAAUCCAAAAAGAUGAUUUUAAUAACCUCAGUCAACUGCAAGUUCUUGACCUAAGUGGAAAUUGCCCUCGGUGUUAUAAUGUCCCUUUUCCUUGUACACCCUGUGAAAAUAAUUCUCCCCUACGGAUCGAUCUGAAUGCUUUUGAUGCAUUGACGGAGUUACAGAUCUUACGUUUACACAGUAACUCUCUUCAGUAUGUGCCCGAAAGAUGGUUUAAAAACAUUAACAAACUUAAGGAACUAGAUCUUUCCCAAAACUUCUUGGCCAAAGAAAUUGGGGAUGCCAAAUUUUUACAUCUUCUUCACAACCUUGUCCAGUUGGAUCUGUCUUUCAAUUAUGAACUUCAGGUCUAUCAUACAUUUAUGAAUCUGUCGGAUGCAUUUUCUUCGCUGAAAAACUUGAAAGUUUUGCGGAUCAAAGGAUAUGUCUUUAAGGAGCUGAAAAGUUUGAACCUCUCCCCGUUACUUAAUCUUCCCAACCUUGAAGUUCUUGAUCUUGGCACUAACUUUAUAAAAAUUGCUGACCUCAGCAUAUUUAAAGAAUUUAAAACCCUGAAAUUCAUAGAUCUUUCAGUGAAUAAAAUAUCACCGUCAGGAGAUUCAAGCGAAGGUGGCUUCUGCUCUAACGUGAGAACUUCUGUAGAAGGUCAUGGGCCCCAGGUCCUUGAAGCACUGCAUUAUUUCAGAUACGAUGAGAAUGCAAGGAGCUGCAGGUCCAAAAACAAAGAGGCUCCUUCCUUCUUGCCUCUUAAUGAAGAUUGCUACAGGUAUGGGCAGACAUUGGACCUAAGUAGAAAUAAUAUAUUUUUUAUCAAGUCCUCUGACUUUCAGGAUCUUUCUUUCCUCAAAUGCCUGAACUUAUCAGGAAAUAGCAUUAGCCAAACUCUUAAUGGCAGUGAAUUUCAGCCUUUAGUGGAGUUGAAGUAUUUGGACUUCUCUAACAACCGUCUUGAUUUACUCUACUCAACAGCAUUUGAAGAGCUACAGAACCUGGAAGUUCUAGAUAUAAGUAGUAACAGCCAUUAUUUUCAAUCAGAAGGAAUUACUCACAUGCUAGACUUUACCAAGAAUCUAAAGGUUCUAAGGAAACUGAUGAUGAACUAUAAUGACAUCGCUACCUCCACCAGCAAGACCAUGGAGAGCGAAUCUCUUAGAAUCCUGGAAUUCAGAGGAAAUCAUUUGGAUGUUUUAUGGAGAGAUGGUGAUAACAGAUAUUUAAAAUUCUUUAAGAAUCUGCUAAACUUAGAGGAAUUAGACAUCUCUGAAAAUUCCUUGAGUUUCUUACCUGGUGGAGUUUUUGAUGGUAUGCCUCCAAAUCUAAAGACUCUCUCCUUGGCCAAAAAUGGGCUCAAGUCUUUCAAAUGGGACAGACUCCAGUAUCUGACAAAUCUUGAAACGUUGGACCUCAGCUACAACCAGCUGAAGACUGUCCCUGAGAGAUUAUCCAACUGUUCCAGCAGCCUCAAGAAACUCAUCCUUAAGAAUAAUCAAAUCAGGCACCUGACAAAAUAUUUUCUACAAGAUGCUUUUCAGUUGCGACAUCUGGACCUCAGCUCAAAUAAAAUCCAGGUUAUCCAAAAGACUAGUUUUCCAGAAAACGUCCUCAACCAUCUGAACAUUUUGUUUUUGCAUCAUAAUCGGUUUCUGUGCAACUGUGAUGCCGUGUGGUUUGUCUGGUGGGUUAAUCAUACGGAGGUAACGAUUCCUUACUUGGCCACAGAUGUGACUUGUGUGGGACCAGGAGCACACAAGGGUCAGAGUGUAGUCUCUCUGGAUCUAUAUACCUGUGAGUUAGAUCUGACUAACUUCAUUCUGUUCUCAUUUUCCUUAUCAGCGAUUCUCUUUCUGAUGGUGGUUACAAUAGCAAACCAUCUGUAUUUCUGGGAUGUGUGGUAUAGUUACCAUUUCUGGAAGGCCAAAAUAAAGGGGUAUCAACGCCUGGCAUCACCAACUUCUUGCUAUGAUGCUUUUAUUGUGUAUGACACUAAAGACCGAGCAGUGACAGAGUGGGUUUUGGAUGAACUGGUGGCCAAAUUGGAAGACCCAAGAGAGAAAUAUUUUAAUUUAUGUCUCGAGGAAAGGGACUGGUUACCAGGGCAGCCAGUUCUGGAAAACCUUUCCCAGAGCAUACAGCUUAGCAAAAAGACGGUGUUUGUAAUGACAGACAAGUAUGCAAAGACUGAGAAUUUUAAGGUAGCAUUUUAUUUGUCCCAUCAGAGGCUCAUGGAUGAAAAAGAGGAUGUAAUUAUCCUGAUAUUCCUUGAGAAGCCACUUCAGAAGUCCAAGUUUUUGCAGCUCCGGAAGAGGCUCUGUGGGAGUUCUGUCCUUGAGUGGCCAUCAAACCCACAGGCUCACCCGUACUUCUGGCAGUGUCUGAAAAAUGCUCUGGCCACAGACAAUCACGUGACCUAUAGCCAGGUGUUCAAAGAGACAGCCUAGCCCUUCUUUGCAAAAUGUGACUGCCUAACUUACCAAGGAGAAGCUCAGCCGCCUACUUUUGCUCACAAAUGUCUCACCAAAAGAUUGUUUUAAAAUUCUCUAAGCCCUGGGAUUGCCCAUAUCAGAGAGGAGUCACCAGCGUAUGACAAAGGAACUGGAAAAAUGGGAUUUAUAUAAGCAUCAAGUCGUCUUUUUUCUCUCUGUGUGUCUCCAUUUGCAUUUGUGUCUCUGCCUUCUGCUCCUGUAUAAAAAUACUCUUGGGAGAAGGGUGGCAAGCAGAGGAUGUGGGGGCUCUGAUUUUCCUGCAAUCCUGUCAUCUCAAUCACCAUAUCGAGAAGAACUGAACUUCGACCCCUAAGAGGUGCUGGUAUGUAUAGGAAUAGGGUUAAAAAUGCUCAGGAUCUGCCUGUAUGACAUUAAAAUUACCAGAGUUAAUUAAUGAAAUAAAAAGUUAACUCCUCAACGCACUGCUUCAGUAUCAUCUAGCGCCCCCUUCUGGGCAGACCGAGUGUUGGCACCUGACGGACAGUUGCUCCUUACGUGCAGCUCACUCUAUUCCCCUGGGCCUGUUACUGGAUUCUGUGGGGCAAUAGUGCCAUCGAUGGACAUAGUCUACUUACAAAUGGGAGAAAAAGAAAGUGAUCUGUUUUUAUGCAAAGUGAUGGUGUUUACCUUUCAUGAUAUUUUGCCUACUUAAAUAUUGCCAUGGACUGAAUGUUUGUUCUCCCUCAAAAUUCAUAUGUUGCAAUCCUGAGCCCCAGUGUGAUGACAGUAGGAGAUGGGGCCUCGGAGAGGAGAUUAGGUCAUGAGAGUGGAGCCCUGAUGGGAUUAGUCCCUUAGAAGAAGCAGGCAGAGGGCUAGCUUGCUUGGUUCCUGCCACAUGAGGAUACGAAGGGAAGUCGGCAGUCUACAAACCAGAAGAGGGCCCUCGCCAGAACCAGACCAUGCUGGCACUCUGACCUCAGACUUCCAUCCUUCGGACCUGUGAGCAAUAAAUGUUUGUUGUUUAAGCCA